AUUUCGAGAUGAGAUGCGAAAUGGUGGGCAAAAACGAUGAUUUGUGCAAAAAGCCAUAGACGAAAACCUAGCAAACAAUAACUAAACACAAAAGUUGUAGAAUGGAGAGUGGGGUAAAAGAAGGACUUGGAACUUUCCCACUUGCACUUGGAGGAGUGUGAGAGUCACUAAUGAGUAGUACCUAUAAUUGCACUUCCUCAGGAUAAACACUCGUGCAAGUCAUCCUCCUUAAACGUCAUAAUAUCACCAGGGAAUAUAUAUUUUCCCGCAUGUGCAUCCAAAUACAACAAUAAUGAAAAAUCAUACCCAAUCACCUUUUCGAACCAUCAUAAGGCAUAUCAACGGUCAAGCCCACAAUUUGCAACAUAUACACAAUCAUCAGCAUAAACAAGGUCCAUAAGGAUUAGGGCAAGACAAUAAUAUCAUACAACAGUCCAGGGUUCAGCAUAUAGCACAAAAGAUCAUACACCCCUAAUCAUGUCAUUCUAGUUCACCUAGGUCAAUUCUAAGCAUCAACAUAAUUAUCGUGAUACGACAAACCCGGUAUGCCGUGCUAAUCCCUCACCAGUUCUGGUCGUUCAAACACUGGUUUAACCUUCUCGUACUAAAGCGUCAAUUUCACGAACGAACCCCGAAUUAAAAUCCGAGACCGUCCUAAUAUCCCCUGCAGUAUCCCAGUCAAUAUUAGUUCUAGGCUCCGGGUCAAAUUCUUGAUAAAAACACAUCAAACCCUGGCCGGAGCUAAAUUCAACGAUCCCGACCCCGAUCUAAAUAAUAGCCAAAAUUCAUGGAUUAGAAAUAGAGGAUUGAUUACCUCGCUGCAGUAAGCUCGUAUAUGAAAUUUGGGCUCAAUCCGGCUUCCGGAUACUCCAAAACCCUAAUUUGGCUUAUCGGGAAUUCAAGAAAUUCCUGAACCAAAAACUCGUUUUAAAGCUCUAAAUCGAUAAACGACGAUGAAUGAAUGAAUUAGGCAUUACUUACGGGAUUUUUGGAUCACUAGAGCUUAAGAAUUGAGCUCGGAGAAUUUUUAUGUUCCCUCCCCUGCGCGCCCUCUGCUUCUUGGUUUCUCUCGGUGUAGAAUAGAAGAUGAUGAGAAUUAAAAUGGACAGGGAAGGAAGGAUUAUAUAUAGGCCGCACGUAUAUAUAUAUAUAUAUAUAUAUAUAUAUAUAUAUAUAUAUAUGGUGCCUUCUACGGUACCCCGGGUGAAAUCUGGGGUAUCGCAUACCUUGAGUAUGAAAACGCUAUCUAGACCUCGAAUUAGCAGGAUUUUUGGGCAUGAUACUAUACCCUAACCCUUAAUGAGUGAACCCUAGGUCCUAAUCAUCUAAAUCAUAAACUAAAAACCCUAAGAUGGUGUAUUACUUUUUUUUUCCUAUAUUUGGACGAAUCAUAACCGUUGAUUAUUGUUUCUAAUUAAAUUGUUCUUGGGGUAUAAGAUUUAGAGAAUUAAGACCUAGAUUUUGAUCUUUAUGGGUUAGAGUAUAGUAUAAUGUCCGAAAGAUCAGUCAAUUCAAGUUCUAGAUAGCGUUUUCUUACUUAAGGUAUGCGGUACCCCGGAUUUCACCCGGGGUACCGUAGAACUCUCCAUAUAUAUAUAUAAAUAAUUAAUACGUAUACUUAUCCGAUCGAUCGAUAAUCCGAUUUUCGUCGAAAUACUAUCAAAACGCUCGAUUUUAAAUCGCGAACUUUAUAGCAAUCGAAAUAUGAGUUUUGCCGAAACGGGAUGUUACAUGCAUUCACCCCAAAACUGAAUCGGUAAACCUAAGUGAAAAUGAAGCGCCCUUGCUCUAUCAAGUAUAUAUAUGUGUUUCACGACAGGAUGUUUGAAGUGCUAACCCUGCCUGCUCAUAGUAAUUUUGCAGGUCAAUGACAUUGAAUUCACGGCCAUUAUCGCUUUCAAUGUGACGAGAUGGCUUUCAUGUUGGGUGCGCACCUGAUUGCAGAACACUCUAAGAUAUCAUAAUACUUCUGUCUUUUUCCUUUAAGAGAUAAACCCACACAGUUAUGAUAACAUCAUCCAUAAUUGAAAGAAAAUAAUGAGCUUGACAAAAAGAGGCUUGAUCAUAGCCGACCCGUUUCUAAUGUGUAUGAGUUCAAAACAAGAUUGUGGCCUUAAUUUUACUGGAAACAAAAGGCAACAGAGUUUGCUUGGCCCAUAAACUAGAUAGACAGGGGGUCUUUAUUGAUGACUAAUGUGGUAAAAAGAUAAGGUUGCAGAGCUUACAACUUUAUUGUUGACGGAUGUCCAAUUUUCGAAUGCUAGAGUGUUGAGUUCCUAAAAGCUUGAUUAGCUGUGAAUGCCACCAGAUGACACCCAUCAAACAUAUGCAAGUAGUAGAGACCAUCAACAUGUUUAUCCAUCCCAAUCAUCUCUAUGAAGCUUAAGUCUUGAUCAACACAAAAGUGAAUUGAGAAAAUCACACCCACUGCAUGAUAUGUCGUGAGACGUCUAACUGAUAAGAGAUUGCAUUGAAGAUUAGGAACAUGUAAGACAUGACGUAGUUUCAAGACAUUCAUUAACGUGGAGGUUCCAAUGCCAUGAAGUGGAAUACCCAAACCAUGCAAACCAGACUUGGUCUCCAAAUCACCAUGAAGCAACGAGUUAUCUGUAACAAUAUGUUUAGUAAAGCAUGAAUCAAUAAUCAUAUAGAUGAUAAUUUAGCAAAAAAUGUACCUAACAAACUUACCUUGGGCUUUGCGUUGGCUGCGUGUCUAGAAUUUGAUUACUGUUUAUCGCUAAAAAUAUCACUUAGUACCGCAUUGAUUAUUUUCAGGGUGUGGUAGUGGUUUAUAAGGUCAACUUAACCAUAUUAAAGAAAAAGACUGCUUGUGGACUCAAGUCAUGCGAUCGAAGUACGGGAAGCAACGGGAAGGUCUUGAAGUGCUUCGGCCUGUUAAGGGAGGUUCCUUUACCUGGAACAGUUUGAAUAAAGCCUCAAACCUUCUUCGGAAGGGCUGUGCGUGGAAUAUUCAUAAUGGGAAAGGAGCUAAGUUUUGGCGUGAUGUUUGGCUUUUGCAGGUUCCUUUGACCGAGGUGGCGCUUCAACCGGUAACGGAGGAGAUGCUGAAUGCGCAUGUGGCGGAUUAUGUUGAUGAAGAAGGUAGCUGGGACAUCGAUCGCUUGGAGGCUUGGCUCCCUCCCGAGGUGCUCCAAAAGAUCACGGCGAACUUGGUGGAUCCCCUCUCUCUGGAAGAAGACACUAUCCUCUGGACCGCUUCCUCGAAUGGCCACUUCUCAACCUCCCCGGCCUACAGUCUAGCCUUACCUCCAAGGCACGACCCGAAUGAGAAGAUGUGGCGAACCAUUUGGAAGCUCCCGGUUGCAGAAAGAGUCAGGUGUUUCGUUUGGCUGGUGUCCCUUGGGCGCAUCGCGACUAAUGCUCUCCGCUAUUCCCGUAAAUGUGCGGAGUCCCCCAUGUGCCUUAGAUGCGGGAACGAUGAAGAGACCAUCCUUCACUUUCUUCGGGAUUGCUACCCUGCUCGUUUCUUCUGGCUGAGAUGGAUCCCCCAGGCGGAGCAUCAGAGCUUUUUCAGCAGCAGUCGGGAAGAUUGGGUCCGAGACAACAUCCUUAAGGAGGAUGUGAUGGAGUCUGGUAUGAAUUGGAACAGCUUCUUUAGUACUGCAGUGUGGUGUAUCUGGAAGAACAGGUGUACAGGGUGUUUCCAGGUGUUGCAGAAGGUGCUUUCUGCACCCUCCCUUGCUUUCUCCAUCCAGCAAAAGGCUAUUUUGUGGCAUAAAGCUUGGCAGGCCCCUACGGUGAACUUUGGCCGCCAAGGAUCCAGGCCGGAGAGGAUUGAGACGCAGAUUCAUUGGAGUCCCCCUCGAAAUGGGUGGGUCAAGCUUAACGUGGAUGGGGCGUCGGCGGGCAACCCGGGGAUUGCUGGAGCCGGGGGUAGUAUCCGCGAUGAGCAUGGUAAGUGGAUCCGGGGUUUUGUUGCUAAAGUGGGUGAAGCCUCGGCGACCCUUGCUGAGCUCUGGGCUAUUUACUAUGGCCUUCAUCUCGCCAGGAAAGCCGGGUAUUCUUGUGUCCUUGUUGAGUCGGAUUCUCAGUUGGCUAUCGCUUUGAUCAAGAGUCGUCAUGACCCUGUUCAUCCCUACGCCGCUUUGUUGGCUUCGAUUCGGAGGUGUCUGGCGCAGGAUUGGUUGGUCAGCAUCGGGCAUGUGUAUCGAGAGGGGAAUAGAGUCGCGGACUGGCUCUCGAAGCACAGUCUCGUCUAUCCCCUGGGUAUGCAUGAACUUGUUGACCCACCGCCGGCGUUGGCUCCUAUUCUUAUGGAAGAUUGUAUGGGCAUUUCUUUUCAGCGUCGUGUUGUGACGCAUCCCUCUUCCUCUCUGUAAUCCUCUUUGCGGCUUCGGCCUCCCUUCAAUGCAAAAAAAAAAACUUAACCAUAUUAAUUAAAUGGGUUUAUGUUGGGCCUAAGUGAUGGAAUUUUGGGUUGUUCAUAUCUUCAUGCAAGGUGCCUCGGUACCCACCCCCUCGACACCAACCACCUAGGCACCCAACUAUCAAGCAGGCUAUGCCUUACCUUGCACUAGGGUGUCAAAUAUGAUUUCGUGCAAGGAUGGCCAUCAAACAUACAAAUACCCCUAGAAAGUGGCGGCAAAGGAAGGAGAAUUUGGCUAAGUGUUGAGACCCAACCACAAGGGGGGUCAAGCAUGAUGUCAUGCAAGGGGUGUCAAGCGUCAACCACCCAAGUGCGCAUGGGGGUGGAGAAAUUUGGCUAAGUAUUGAAACUCAACCACAAAGGGUUCAAUCAUGACAUCAUCCAAGAGGGCAAGCACCAAGUAGUGUGUCGCCUAUCUACCUUGUACUAGGGUGUCAAACAUGAUGUCGUGUAGAUAUGGCCAUCACAACUACCUUAUAGAGGUGGUAGGGAAAGAAGGAAAAUUUGGCUAAGUGUUGAGGCUCAACCACAAGGAGUGUCAAGCAUGACAUCAUCCAAGGGGGUCCACCAUGAUGUCAUACAAGAGGGGUCAUACUUAACAUCAUGCAAGGAGGGUUGGUGUUGGCAUUACUUUUCCACUCACAUAUCAAGUACCCAAACAAAGCAGGGGGUAUAUACAACGUGCCUUUAUCACAAGUAUCAGGCAUGCUAGGCCUCAUGGAUAGUUUUGCAUGGUACAUAGUAGACAAAGUCGUUAAGUUUCCAAGUGUCAACCAUGUAUAUCAUCAUUCAUCACAUGGUAGACCACCUUGUCAAGACCCUACAAGUAUGAUGCCACUCCCAUGGAGGUAUCAUGUUUGGUGAGUGAGGGCUUCACGCUUUGUGGUACUCAUGCGCAGGGACAGAGCCAGGAAUUCCAGAAAGGGGGGCCAGAAAUUUUUUUUAGAACUAAAUUAAUUUAAUAAUAAAACUAUAAUCUAUUAAAAUUUAAUUUUAUAUUAAUUAUAUUCUUUAAUAUCUUUAAAAUCAUCAAAAAUACCAUUUACAUUAAAUGGUCAUUACCAUAAUUUUCUCAACAUGAAUUGUACAUAUACAAUAUAAAUUUAAUUAGUAGAAUGCAGUUAGACAUGGUAUGUAACUCCUACCAAAAAACACAUGGUAUGUAACUCAACCAUUUUUUUUUAUGAAUCAGUUGCUUUCUAUUUCAUCAAAAGAAAAGGGGUUGCUGGGAACAUCCUUCCCAGCUAGGAUCAACCAAAAAUUAUUUGGUAUACAUCAGACUCAACUAAAACAAAACUGAACCUAUACACCUCGAAUAAAACUAGCAAACCGCAAACCUGCCAAAGACCAGAUUAUAUGAAUUUAUAGCCAGAAUUCAGCUGCUUCUUCCUCUUGCAACAUCAUCAAUACCUCACUUCGAAUUAUCUUCCUCAGACCUUCAACACUUUGACUCUACCCUUCAAACAGUCUAGUACACCUUUCUCGCCAAGCAUAGCUUAUCAGAGACUGCCAAAUAAGUUUUCCAUUCCCUGCCUUCGUCCCUUUCUUUCCAAACACAUCAAUAGCCCAUGUCAAUCCAUUCUCCCAAUCCCUCGGCAUAAAAUUAGAGAAAGCCCCCAGCAAAUCAUGGAAAAACUGCCUAAAAUAAUCACACUGGGAAAAC